AUGGGCUCCACUUGCGGUCCAAUUGACGUAACGGAGCUUACUAUCUCCGCUUUCCACGCUGCGCUACUCAAUGAAACCACCACCUGCGCGGCGGUAGUCCACGCCUACCUCGACCGCAUCGCGCGAUAUGACAACACUCUCAGGUCUCUUAUCUGCGUCAAUGAGGACGCGCUCCGCACAGCCACAAUAAAGGAUGAAGAAACCCGCACCUUGAUCAAGAAGAACAAGCCAUUGCCGUCCCUACACGGCGUCCCAGUUAUUCUAAAGGACAACUUCACCACCGCAGACCUCCCCACCAGCGCAGGCGUGAAGGCCCUGCAGAAGCUGCGUACCACCGAGGACAGCGAGGUCGUAUCUCGCCUUCGCGAGGCAGGCGCAAUUAUCCUUGCAAAAGCCAAUCUGCAUGAAUUUGCGCUGCACGGUACGACGACGUCCUCUCUCGGCGGGCAGACUCUGAACCCGUACGAUCUCACUCGCACGCCUGGCGGUUCAUCGGGUGGAACCGGCGCCGCACUAGCUGCCAAUCUGGGGCUCGUGGGCUGUGGCACUGAUACGGUGAACUCGCUGCGCUCACCGGCAUCUGCGUGCUCGAUUGUGGGCUUUCGCCCGUCGUUGGGGCGGGUGUCUGGUCAGGGGAUCGUGCCUGUGACUGACAUGCAGGAUACUGCCGGCCCGAUGGGACGAACACUUCGAAUUGGGAUCUUGGAUGCAUUCUUUGGACUGGAGGAUCCCAAGUCCGAUCAGUCUGAAGAACUCAUUGCUGAAAAUGCGCUUGUUCAACGGGUGGUUCAUGAAGCUAUAGCGUCUAUCGAGGAUGGAUCGGAUAUCAAUUUGAUCCAUAUCGAUCCUGCCAGUCAUGCGGACUGGCGCUACGCGACUCUCCGCGCCAAUGCUGAUACACAGGACUUUGAGUUCCGAGAACGCUUGGAUACGUUUCUCCAGUCACCAUUUAUAUCAUACACCCCGCAUCAGUCUUUGAAGUCGAUAGCGGAGAGUGGGGAAUAUGAUAAAACAGCAGUGACAGAGACGUUCACGGCAUCCCUGGAGGAUCCGGACACAUUCUCGCUUGAGAGCAAGGCGUACCGCGCUCGUUUAGACGGCGUGCAGGCUCAUAAGAUGUCAGUCCAGGACUGCUUCGACAAGAACGAGAUCGAUGCGCUGUUGUAUCCUCAUCAGCGGCAGCUUGCUGCACCGGUUGGGACCACCGUACAGCCGAGACGCAAUGGAGUGUUGGCCGCGUUGGCGGGGACGCCUGCGAUAUGUAUACCCGCUGGCUUUAGUCCUCCGACAUCAUCUGCAGCUCAGGGCGUGCCAAUUGGGCUGGAGUUGAUGGGCCCAGCGGGGAAUGAUGAGGAGCUAUUAGAUCUUGCAGAGCGUAUUGAAGGCAUCCUUCAGCGGAGGAAAGCUCCAAACAUGAAUGAAAUGGAUGGCCCUUAG